UAGCCCCAGCGCGUCUCCUGGGCGGCGUCUGCAUCCGGGUCCAGAGUUCCGCUCUCCCAGCAGGCACAAUGCGGGGGAAGCAGUGACCAGGAGUGAGGCGAGAGUGCGGGCGCAGGGAACUGCUGCCAUGUCCUACCAACCACUUAACUGCCUGACUGAAAAGGGGGACAGCCCCAAUGAAACCACAGGAAAUGGACCCCCCAAUCUGGCUCACCCAAACCUGAACACUUUUACCCCAGAGGAGCUGCUGCAGCAACUGAAAGAACUCCUGAUUGAGAAUCACCAACUGAAAGAAGCCAUGAAGUUAAAUAACCAAGCUAUGAAAGGGCGAUUUCAGGAGCUCUCAGCCUGGACAGAGAAACAGAAGGAAGAACGCCUUUUUUUUGAGAGCCAGAGCAAAGAAGCCAAAGAGCACCUUAUGGCUCUGAGUCAUGAAAAUGAAAAAUUAAAGGAAGAACUUGGAAAACUAAAAGGGAAAACAGAAAGGUCAUUUGAGGACUCCACUGGGGACCCCAAGGUCCCCAAAGCAGAAGCAGAUCAGGAAAUGGAACAGCUGAAAACCCAAGUAUCACGACUUCAAGCCGAAAAGGCAGAUCUGCUGGGCAUUGUGUCUGAGUUACAACUCAAGCUGAGCUCAGGUGGCCCCUCUGAAGACUCCUUUGUUGAAAUACGGAUGGCUGAAGGAGAAGCAGAUGUGGCAUUGAAAGAAAUCAAAACGAGUUCUGGGCUCACAAGAAUUGAUUCCGCUGACAUGAGCAGAUCUGCAGAAGGUGCCAGAAAUUAUUUGGAAUCUGAGGAAUUAACUGUGAGCCAGCUCCUGCUUUGCCUAAGGGAAGGAAACCAGAAGGUGGAAAGACUUGAAAAUGCACUAAAGGAAGCCAAAGAAAGAAUUUCAGAUUUUGAAAAGAAAGCCAAUGAUCAUUCUGAGAUUGAGACCCAGACAGAGGGGAGCACAGAAAAGGAGGAAGAAAAGGAGAAAGACACAGAAACGGUUGGAAGUGAAGUGGAAGCCUUGAAACUUCAGGUGACAACCCUGUUUAAGGAGCUUCAAGAGGCUCAUACGAAACUCAGUGAAGCUGAGCUAAUGAAGAAGCGACUUCAAGAAAAAUGUCAGGACCUUGAAAGAAAAAAUUCUGCAGUCCCAUCAGAGCUGAAUGAAAAGCAAGAGCUUGUUUAUAAUAACAAAAAGUUAGAGCUACAAGUGGAAAGCAUGCGAUCAGAAAUCAAACUGGAGCAAGGAAAAACAGAAGAGGAAAAGUCCAAAUUAGCCACUCUACAGUUCACACACAACAGGCUUCUUCAAGAAUACAGUAAUGCAUUGAAAACAAUUGAAGAACUAAAACAAAAAGAGUCAGAAAAAGAGGAUAAGGUAGUGCUGCAGGAACUAAAUGAAAAAUUGGAACUGGCAGAGAAAGCCCUGGCUUCCAAGCAGCUUCAAAUGGAUGAGAUGAAGCAGACAAUUGCCAAGCAGGAGGAGGACCUGGAAACCAUGACAGUGCUUAGGGCGCAGAUGGAGGUUUACUGUUCAGAUUUUCAUGCUGAAAGAGCAGCAAGAGAGAAGAUUCAUGAAGAAAAGGAACAACUGGCACUGCAGCUGGCAAUUUUGCUGAAAGACAAUAAUGUUUUUGAAGAUGGAGGCAGUAGGCAGUCCUUGAUGGAAAUGCAGAGCCGUCAUGGGGCCAGAACCAGUGACCCCGACCAACAGGAUUACCUUGUUCAAAGAGGAGCUGAGGAUAUGAACUGGCGGCUACAGCAGCAGCAAAAUAUACCAAUUCAUUCUUGCCCCAAAUGUGGAGAAGUUCUGCCCGACAUAGAUACAUUACAAAUUCAUGUCAUGGACUGCAUCAUUUAAGAGUUGACAUUUCGCCUCCCCCAAAUUGCUGGUAAAUGUCAGAUUUCUUUCCUCCAAGUGGUCUACUUUUUUGUGUUACUUGUUUUCACUCAAGUAUUUUGGCUCAUUAUGCUUGUUUUAGGAGAAAGAAAAUCAGUAUGUUCAUGUAGGACAUUUCUGUGUGUUAAUUUCCAUAAACUCACAAAAUAGAAUUCUUAAUGUACCAUUCUUCGGAUAAUAGGUUCAUUUUUUAAAAUGUUCGGUUUAUGUAAGCACUGAACUGUUCAUGCAGUUAAUGAGUGUGUGACAUCACGGGACACAGUAAAUGUAAUUAGAUGGAAGAAGUAUUGCUGAUAAACAUU